AUGGUCUUUCCUGACAUCUCAUCUGCCCCCAAAGCCAGCAGCGGCUUCACUCUCCCUUGGAACAAGGACAACCUCCCUAAGCAGUUCUGGAUCAAUAAUGAGUUCGUCGCUAGCAAGAGCUCCAAGACGAUUGAAGUUUACAACCCCAAGGAUGGAACCCUCGUCGCCAACGACAUUCCCGUAGCCGGCCAAGAGGACGUCGAUGCUGCAGUCGCCGCUGCCGAGGCCGCAUUCCCAAAAUGGAAGAAGACGCUUCCUCGAGAGCGCCGCGAUUUGCUCAACAAGCUCGCUGACUUGAUGGUCGAGCACCUGCCGACCCUCGCAACACUGACCCGUGUCACUCUUGGCAUGCCCAGUGGCGGAUUCGGUACUAUGGAGAUCAAUGUCGCUGCUGAAGCGGUCAGGUACGCCGCCGGCUGGGCAGACAAGUUCCCCGGCGAGUCGCACAUGCAGGAAGACGGCUUCAUGAAGAUCACCCGCCAGGAGCCCUUGGGCGUUGUGGCCGCGAUCAUCCCGUUCAACGCACCAAUCGCCGUGCUCUGCCACAAGAUCGGCGGAGCCCUCAUCACGGGCAACUGCUUUAUUAUCAAGCCCUCCGAAAAGACCCCCUUUGCGACACUCGCGCUGGGCCUGCUGGCCAAGGAGGCCGGCUUUCCUCCCGGCGUCAUCCAAGUCCUCUCUGGCGACGGCAGCACGGGCGCCCUCUUGGCGAGCCACAUGCGCAUCCGAGGAAUCACUUUCACGGGGUCCGCUCCUACAGGUCGCAAGGUCCAGGAAGCCUCCGCUAAGAGCAACUUCAAGCGCGUCACCCUUGAGCUGGGCGGAAAGAGCCCUGCUAUGAUAUUCGACGAUGCCAACCUUGAUAUCGCUGUGGCGUGGUGUGUCAAUGGCAUCACGAUGAACUCUGGACAGGCAUGUGUUGCCGCCAGCCGCGUCUAUGUCCAGGAGGGCAUCUAUCCCAAGUUCGUUGAAGCCUACAAGGCGGCGCUGGAAGCCAGGGCGAAGACGGUAGGUGACCCUGACGAGAGCAACACUCAGAUGGGCCCCAUCGUCGAUAAACUGCAGUUUGACAGGGCCCGUGGAUUCAUUGAGCGCGCCAAAGCCCAGCAUAAGCUGCUUACGGGUGGGAUCGACGGCUACUUUAUCCCUCCGACUGCCUUCACGGAUGUCCCAGAAGAUGCCGAAAUCGUCAAAACCGAGAUCUUCGGCCCCGUGGCAAUCGUCAAUACUUUCAAGACAGAGGAGGAGGCUCUUGGAAAGGCCAACGACACCGAGUACGGCCUUUUCGCUGGUGUCUUCACCCAGGAUAUCAAUAAAGCCAUGCGUAUCGUUGCAGAGACGGAAAGCGGCAUGGUUGGAGUCAACUGCAUGAGCUACGCUUCUACCAGCGUCCCAUUUGGUGGCGCCAAACAGAGUGGUGUUGGGCGUGAGAGUGGUAUUGACGGCUUGCGUGGCUUUACUGAGCCCAAGACUGUCUAUAUCAACCUGAACUACUAA